UCAUCGGUCAUUAGUUGUAGUUUUGUACAUUUAGCUUCUGCUGAAGCAGAGAAGAUUUAAAAUGCGGGUGAGUUGGAGUUUGGUGGUAAUGUUGUGUGCAGGAUGGAGUUCCAGGAUAAUGAUGGCUGAAGCGUUAGAACCUAUUUCUACCAGUAUUGCUGUUGGGAUCGCCGCCGCUGUUACUGGAUUUCUUGCCAGUAAUCCCAAUGUGCUGUACUACUUCCAGGAGUGUUGCAGAUCAGAGUGGAUCUCCUACAACAAAACUGGUCUUGAAGAGGCACUGCAGCAGAAGCUGUUUGGGCAGCAUAUAGCGACUCACGUCAUCCGCAAAGCCGUGACUGGCUUCAUGAACAACGAAAACCCAAAGAAGCCCCUCGUCUUGUCGCUGCACGGCUGGACCGGCACAGGAAAGAAUUACGUCAGCCAGCUGAUUGCAGAAAGCGUUUACCGUGAAGGAAUGAAAAGUGAAUUUGUGCACUUGUUUACGGCCACGGCACACUUCUCCCAUGUAGACUACCUGAAUGAGUACAAGAGGAACCUGCAGCAGUGGAUAAAGGGUAAUGUGACCCGAUGCUCUCGCUCUAUGUUCAUAUUCGACGAGAUGGAUAAGAUGCACCCAGGCUUGAUCGACAGCAUCAAGCCCUUCUUGGAUUUUUAUGACAACUUGGAUGGAGUGUCUUACCGGAAUGCCAUCUUUGUAUUUCUCAGUAAUGCUGGGGGUGAAAAGCUUGUUGAAGUGGCUUUGAAUUUCUGGAGAGAAGGCAAAGAGCGAGAAGAAAUCAAGCUAAAAGACCUGGAGGAGGUGCUGUCUCUGUCUGUUUUUAACAACAAGAAUAGUGGGCUCUGGCACACUAGCCUAAUAGACAAGAACUUGGUGGACUUCUUCGUUCCCUUUCUUCCUCUGGAGUACAAACACGUGUUGCAAUGCGGUCGAGUCGAGCUGGCCAACAAGGGUCACGAACCUAACGAGAUAGCGGUAGAGGCAAUGGUGCGAGAAAUGAGUUUUUUCCCUCAAGAAGAGCGUAUCUUUUCCUCAAAGGGUUGCAAGGGGAUCGCCAGCCGACUGGACUACUACCUUUGAAGUGACAGAAAAGGAUGAAAGGUGCUCUACACUGGAUGGGUUUUUCUUCUCAGAGAGGAAAUAUAGAAGGAAAGAGAAAUAGACCUGCGACACCACUAUUUAUGUGGUGCAUUUUUGGUGUCUGUAAUGGGUUUUAAUCGUAGGUUUUUACAGUGAAUGGAAAAAUAACUGCAGGGGAUGAUUUGGGCUUGUUGGAAAGCCUUUUUUAUGAACUUUAUGAAUCUUUUAGUCGGACUGUUUGUGCAAGUGAAAAAUACAACACAAUGCCUUAACACACACUGUUGAACUAUACUACAUCUUAUUGAACACACCUGUUUUUAUCAGACGAAUCAGCCUGGAUGUGUUUACUUGCAUUCGCAGAUAUUACCUGAUUUAAAAUGAAAGAAUUCUACGAACCUGUUUUCCAGACAUCUUCACUAGCACGUCGCUGCUAAAUCUGUUGACUGUAGAACCUUUGUUUUAAUUUAUGUGUCACUCUGUCAAAGUUUAUUAUUUAUUUUUUGCUAUAUAGAUUUUUUUUCCAAUUUCACCCCCAUUGCAUUGUCAGCUUUGACCUCUUGCAAGAUUCUGGCCCAUAACAUUAAAACCACCUUCAUGUUUCUUUAUCAGCUCCACGUACCAUAUAGAAGCACUUUGUAGUUCUACAAUUACUGACUGUAGUCCACUUUUUUAGCCUGCUUUCACCCUGUUCUUCAAUUAUCAGGACCACCACAGAGCAGGUAUUAUUUAGGUGGUGGAUCAUUCUCAGCACUGCAGUGACACUGACAUGAUGGUGGUGUGUUAGUGUGUGUGGUGCUGGUAUGAGUGGAUCAGGCACAGCAGCGCUGCUGGAGUUUUUAAACACCGUGUCCACUCACUGUCCACUCUGUUAGACACUCCUACCUAGUUGGUUGAACUUGGUUGGUAGAUGUAACGUGGCAGAUGUAGACGACCUUCAUCAGUGGGCACAGGAUGCUGCCCACGGGGCGCUGUUAACUGGAUGUUUUUGGUUGGUGGACUAUUCUCAGUCCAGCAGUGACAGUGAGGUGUUUAAGAACUCCAUUAGCACAACACACACUAACACACCACCACCAUGUCAGUGUCACUGCAGUGCUGAGAAUCCUGACCAUUAAAGAACAGCAUAAAAGGGGGCUAACAAAUUAUCCAAAGAAACAGAUGGAUUACAGUCAGUCAUUGUAGAGCUACAAAGUGCUUCUAUAUGAUAAGUCACUGAGGUGGUCAUAAUGUUAUGCCUCAUCAGUGUAUAUUUCAAGUAUUACUCCACCAUGCAGUCAUCUUGGCCAGACAUUACGAGGUCAAUCCCCGUCCGGCCUUCCGUCUCCCAGACGCAGCCAGUUGCGUCACGCCGCAGAAACUACAACCCACGUCUCCACAGUAGCAGACUGCCGUGCCACUCGACCACCUGUGCUUUUGGUUGAAUGCGUAACAUCGCCACAGGUUUGUUUAUUUAGGUCAGAAAAGAGGAAAUAAAGGUGAAUAAGGGUGAAGCUUAUCAUGGCUGUCCAAUCUAGAUAUUAACAUUCAUUUUCCCUUUACACGACAACAAUCUACGAUUAAAGGGAAUAGACAUUUUGAUCUAGUUCCUGCCUCAAAUUGGAUGUUUAAUAACUCUCAUACAGUAUUUAACCAAUAUUCAGGAGAGCUGGUAGCUUAUAAGUAUCUGUCAUGUCAAUCUGCAAUAAACACAGGACGAAUUAGUA